AUGGACAGCAAGUUGUGGGGUGCCUGCAUCCUCUGCUUGCUGCGCCCCUUACCCAUCGUACUGGGCCACGUGCACCCAGAGUGUGACUUCAUCACCCAGCUGAGAGAGGAUGAGCGAGCUUGUCUACAAGCCUCAGAGGGGAUGGCCAACUCCACCUUGGGCUGCCCUAGGACCUGGGAUGGGCUGCUGUGCUGGCCGACGGCAGGCUCUGGCGAGUGGGUGAGCCUCCCCUGCCCGGCUUUCUUCUCUCACUUCAGCUCAGAGCCAGGGGCCGGGGCCGUGAAGCGGGAUUGCACCAUCACGGGCUGGUCUGAGCCCUUCCCGCCCUAUCCUGAGGCCUGUCCUGUGCCCCUGGAGCUGCUAACUGAAGAGAAAUCCUACUUCUCCACCGUGAGGAUCAUCUACACCAUGGGCCACAGCGUCUCUGCCGCGGCUCUCUUCAUGGCCAUCACCAUCCUGGUUGCCCUCAGGAGGCUCCACUGCCCCAGGAACUACAUCCACACUCAGCUGUUCAUCACCUUUAUUCUCAAGGCGGGAGCUGUGUUCCUGAAGGAUGCCACCCUCUUUCACGGCGAGAACACGGACCACUGCAGCUUCUCCACUGUUCUGUGCAAGGUCUCUGUGGCCACCUCCCAUUUCGCCACCAUGACCAACUUCAGCUGGCUGCUGGCAGAAGCUGUCUACCUGACCUGCCUCUUGGCCUCCACGUCACCCAGCACAAGGAGAACCUUCUGGUGGCUGGUCCUUGCUGGCUGGGGGCUUCCCCUGCUCUUCACCGGCAUGUGGGUGGGUUGCAAGUUGGCCUUUGAGGAUGUUGCGUGCUGGGACCUGGACGACAGCUCCCCCUACUGGUGGAUCAUCAAAGGACCCAUCGUCCUUUCCGUUGGGGUGAACUUUGGGCUUUUUCUCAAUAUUAUCCGUAUCUUGCUGAGGAAACUGGAGCCAGCUCAGGGCAGCCUCCACACCCAGCAUCAGUACUGGCGUCUCUCCAAGUCAACCCUUCUCCUCAUCCCGCUGUUUGGAAUUCACUACGUCAUCUUCAACUUCCUGCCUGACAGUGCUGGCCUGGGCAUUCGCCUCCCCCUGGAGCUGGGACUGGGUUCCUUCCAGGGCUUCAUUGUUGCCAUCCUGUACUGCUUCCUCAACCAAGAGGUGAGGACUGAGAUCUCACGGAGAUGGCGUGGCCAUGAUCCUGAACUUCUGCCAGCCUGGAGGACUCACGCCAAGUGGACGAUGCCUUCCCACUCAAGGGCGAAGGUGCUGACAUCUGUGUGCUAG